CGGAGUUUUAGAUCAUGGAUUUGAAUCAAUCAGUCCUCGAUGUGGCUCAAGAGGAGUUACACCUGUCUGCAAUGAUGGCUUCCAGGAGCACGCCUCACUUCAAGCCCCCGUUGACGAUCAUCAUCCCAUACGGGCUGAAGAGUUGGCUAGAAUGUCUUUGCAGAGCCAUAUUUAUUGAGGGACCAAGGCAGAUACCGGAAUUUAUUGCUGACUAUUGCGUUGAGCUGCUGGAAUUCAGAGAACGUAAUCCUUUGAUGGAUACCAAGGAUGUUACACAUCUGUACCAGGAGAUGCGGGAGGCAAAUUACGUCAAAGACUGGCUAGUAUGCCCAGUGCCACAAGCUGCCAUAGACUGCUGCCUGGCUGAGGAGACCCUGUCAGUCAGCCAGAGGACCAAUCCAAGGUCAGCCAAGGAGUUCAAGGUCCCCUCCAGCGAGCCCAUGGGUGGGCCAGAUAAGCAGGCUCAGUCUCUGAGCAGUCCCCCUGGAGAAACCCACCAUAGAACCCACCCUGGAGAUGGACCUCAGUCCAGCCCAGCCCACCUUGGAGGUCAACCCAGCCCAGCUGUGGAAGAGGAGGCCCAGGCCCGGCCAGGCUCUGCGGUGCAGUCAGUCGUGUUCCAGAGAGCUCCAUCAUUGGACAGUCUACUGGAGGCCAACCACUCUCAAGUCUUGAUCAGCACUGCCAGUGCUCCAACUGAUGACAUCAUCAUCAUCCACUCUGAGAACCUUCAGGAGGCAACUGUCUUCCGAAGCGACAGUCGUCCAUAUUCAGGUGUAUCUCCCCGAGGUAGUUUGACCAAGAUUCCUUCAGUUGGUGAGGUGGAUAAGAUUGGGGUGAAUGACACAACAGAGGUGACGUCUGAAGAUGUGGUGGUGUUCCACCAAGUGCCCUCAGUGGAGAACCUGCCUCGCACGCCGUCUGCCUUGAGUAAUACCUCUCUAGCAGCUGAGGAAACAGUGGAUCAGGUGAUAUCAUUGAGCAGCAGAGAAUUCUUACUGGAGAAUGUGGUGCCUGGCUCGCCGUCCAUUGAGAAGGUGGCUUCAGCUGCAGCUUUGCAGCAGGCAGACACUGAUCAGAUAAGAUCUGCCUUUGGACUCACAGAGAAAGUAUCUUCCUCAGAGAUAGUGGGAGUCGGCACAGCACGGAGAGUGUCCUCAGUCAGGAUACCCAGUAGAGAGGAGAGUGCGGGGAGAACAGCAGAGACACUAAAUAGAUACACAUCUCCACAGAUAUCUCUUCUGUCAGCUCAUUCUGAUGAAUAUCUGAAGGCUACAUACAAGUCAUCCACCUCCAGCCUUGCCAGGGUUUCCUCUGCACCUUGUGGUGAGAGAGAGGCAGCAGCAACUAUUUCACCUAAAUCCAGUCUGGCCAGGGUUUCCUCUGUCUCUACUGGUGAGAGAGCAGCAGAACCAGCCUCUAAAGAAGUCUUCUCUAAUGUGGAGGAGACUUACACAUUACCAUCAACAGAGGACCUACUGGUGUCUUCAACUGCUUCAGUUAGUAGAAUCUCACCAGUAGCGUCUGCAAUAUAUUCCAAAAGUGGUUUAUCAGGAAGAGCUUUCUCUGAUCCAGAACUAGUUGAUGCAGCACACAGAGUGUCCUCAGUCAGGAUACCCAGUAGAAAGGAGAGUGUGUGCAGAACAGCAGAGACACCAGAGAGACGCACAUCUCCCAGAGUAUCUCCACAAGCAUCUUUUGUGUCAGGCUCUCCAGUGAUGUUUGAAGAAGAGGACUGGUGUGUAAUCACCACUCACUCUGCUACAGUGAAGAAAGCAGUCAAAUUGGCCCACUCAGAAAACAUCUCUCCUCUUACUUCACCCAGCAUAGACCUGGCCUGGGAGGAGCUUCUGCAGACAUCAGCAUCCAUCGUGGAUAAAGUAGCCCUCAAGGCUUUCGAGAUUGUGAACCAGAAAUUACAAUGCUCAGGGAUGGAGAUAUCUGAAAUGGCCUCAUCCAACCCUGUGGUUGUUUCUCAGUCUCUAAACACUCUCUUUUAUAAGGAUCUCUCUCACUCGCCUUCAGCUGUGGAGGAAUUCUCUACUGCCUCAGCAAGAUGCUCAGAAGGUGACAUCACUGAAAGAGCUCCCUCUGAAACAGCAGGGGAGGGAGAAGCAAUCUCUGUUAGGGAGAUUACACCAGCAGUGUCUGCAAGGUAUUAUGCCAGUAAUGUAUCAGAAAGAGUUCCCUUUGAAACAGCAGUUUUGGGAGCAGCAGUAUCAUCAAUGAAGGAGCUAUCAGAGUCACCAACUGCAUUUGCCUUUGUGGGUGAGGUUUCACCAGCAGUGUCUGCCAAUGAUGUAUCAGAAAGAGCUCCCUCUGAAACAGCAGUAGUGGGAGCAGAGGCACCAGAGAGACACACAUCUCCAAAAGUAUCUGCACAAACAUCAUUUGUGUCAGCUUAUUCUGAUGGAUUGCUGAAUGCUACAAAGUUGUCACCUCAAUCCAGCCUGGCCAGGAUUCCCUCUGGAUAUAUCAGUGAAGGUGUGUCACCAGCAGUGUCUGCAAGAUGUCCUGCUAGUGACUUACCAGAAAGAGCUUCCUCUGAAACAGCAGUAAUGGAGUCAGCGCCCAGAGUGAUCCACUCUGCACCAUCAAUGGAUGAGCUACUGGUUUUACCAACUGCUUCUGUUGAUGGGAUUUCACCAGCAGUGUCUGCAAGAUCUUCAAGAGGUAGUUUGUCAAAAAGAGCUCCCUCAGAAAAAGCAGUGGAGGGGGUAAGAUAUUCGGAAAGUGGUUUAUCAGGAAGAGCUUUCUCUGAAACAGAACUAGUUGAUGCGGCACAGAGCGUGUCCUUAGUCAGGAUACCCAGUAGAGAGGAGAGUGUGGAGAGAACAGCAGAGACACCAGAGAGACACACAUCUCCCAGAGUUUCUGCACAGACGUUUUCAGUGUCAGCUACAGGCUUGUCAUCUAAUUCCAGUUUGGCCAGAGCUCCCUCUGUGUCUCUGAGUGAUGGUCCAGCUGAGUCAGUCUCUUUGGAAGUAAUCUUUAAUAUGGAGGAGACUUAUACAACACCAUCUAUGGGGGAGAUUGUGCCUCCAACUGCUGCUGGGGAUGGCAUUUCUGCCUCUAUUGGUGAAAGAGCAGCAGAAUCAGCUUCUAGAGGAGUGUCGUAUAUGGAUGAGACGAAUAAACCACCAUCAAUGGCAGAACUACCAGGGUCUCCAGCUGCUGUUGGAGGCAUUUCACCAGCAGUGUCUGCUAGAUGUUCACAAAGUGACAUGGCAGAAAAAGCUCCCUCUGAAACAGCAGUAGGCAGACACACAUCUUCCAGAGUACCUCCUAAAGUUUCUCCACAAACAUCCUUGAGCUCAGCUACAGGCUUGGCAUCUAUGAGUUUGGCCAGGGUUCCCUCUGUGUCUCUCAGUGUUGGUGCAAAAGAACCAGCUCAGAUAGACAAAACACUGUCAAUGGAGGAGCUACUGGCGUCUCCAUUGUAUUCUCAGUGGGCAAUGUCACCAGCCUGUUCUGAAAGAGUGUCCUCAGUCAGGAUACCCAGUAGAGAGGAGGGUGUGGGGAGAACAGCAGAGACACCAGGGAGACACACAUCUCCCAGAGUAUCUCCAAGAACUUCUCCAAUAGUUUCUCUACAAACCUCUCUUGUAUCAGCUCAUGUUGGUGAAUCUCUUUCUGGUACAGACAUUUCUCAACAAUCCAGUCUCCCUAGGAUUCCCUCUGCACCAUCAAUGGACAGACACACAUCUCCCAGAGUUUCUCAAAAAGUUUCUCCACAGUCUUUAAGAAGUAGUUUGUCAGAAAGACCUCCAUCUGAAACAGCCAUAAGGUAUUCUGAAAGCGUUUUAUUAGGAAGAGCUCUCUCUAAAACAGAAGUAGUCGAUGCAGCACCGCGAGUGUCCUCAGUCAGGAUACCCAGUAGAGAGGAGAGUGUGGGGAGAACAGCAGAGACACCAGAGAGACACACAUCUCCCAGAAUUUCUCCUAGAAUGUCUCCCAGAAUUUCUCCCAGAGUUUCUCCACAAUCCAGUCUGGCCAGGAUUCCAUCUGCACCAUCAAUGGAGGAGCCACUGGUGACUCCAUCUGCUGCUGUUGGUAGAGUUUCAACAGCCAGGAGUGGAGUUUCUCUAGGAAUGUCUCUCGGAAUUUCUGCAGCCAAUGUGGUUGGGCCAGUGUGUUUCAAAGAUGUGUCACAGAUUAUGCCGACUACAAUACCAGAGAAUCAGGGUUCGGCCUCCUCAGUCAGGAUACCCAGUAGAGGAGAGGGUGUGGGGAGAACAGCAGAGACACCAGAGAGACACACAUCUCCCAGAGUAUCACCAAGAGCUUCUCCAAGAGCUACUCCACAAACCUCUCUUGUAUCGGCUCAUGUUGGUGAAUCUCUGUCUGGUACAGACAUUUCUCCACAAUCCAGUCUGCCUAGGAUUCACUCUGCACCAUCAAUGGACAGACACACAUUUCCCAGAGUUUCUCAAAGAGUUUCUUCACAAUCCAGUCUGGCAAGGAUUCCCUCUGCACCAUCAAUGGAGGAGCUACUGGUGUCUGCAUCUGAUUAUUUUGGUAGUGUUUCACCAGCAGUUUCAAGAAGAUCUUCAGAAAGAGCUCCUUCUGAAACAGUCAUACGAUAUUUUAAAAGUGAUUUAUCAGGAAGAGCUUUCUCUGAUCCAGAACUAGUUGAUGCAGCUCACAGAGUGUCCUCAGUCAGGAUACCAAGUAGACAGGAGAGUGUGGGGAGAACAGCAGAGACACCAGAGAGACACACAUCUCCCAGAGUAUCACCAAGAGCUUCUCCAAGAGCUACUCCACAAACCUCUCUUGUAUCGGCUCAUGUUGGUGAAUCUCUGUCUGGUACAGACAUUUCUCCACAAUCCAGUCUGCCUAGGAUUCACUCUGCACCAUCAAUGGACAGACACACAUUUCCCAGAGUUUCUCAAAGAGUUUCUUCACAAUCCAGUCUGGCAAUGAUUCCCUCUGCACCAUCAAUGGAGGAGCUACUGGUGUCUGCAUCUGAUUAUUUUGGUAGUGUUUCACCAGCAGUUUCAAGAAGAUCUUCAGAAAGAGCUCCUUCUGAAACAGUCAUACGAUAUUUUAAAAGUGAUUUAUCAGGAAGAGCUUUCUCUGAUCCAGAACUAGUUGAUGCAGCUCACAGAGUGUCCUCAGUCAGGAUACCAAGUAGACAGGAGAGUGUGGGGAGAACAGCAGAGACACCAGAGAGACACACAUCUCCCAGAGUAUCACCAAGAGCUUCUCCAAGAGCUACUCCACAAACCUCUUUUGUAUCGGCUCAUGUUGGUGAAUCUCUGUCUGGUACAGACAUUUCUCCACAAUCCAGUCUGCCUAGGAUUCACUCUGCACCAUCAAUGGACAGACACACAUUUCCCAGAGUUUCUCAAAGAGUUUCUUCACAAUCCAGUCUGGCAAGGAUUCCCUCUGCACCAUCAAUGGAGGAGCUACUGGUGUCUGCAUCUGAUUAUUUUGGUAGUGUUUCACCAGCAGUUUCAAGAAGAUCUUCAGAAAGAGCUCCUUCUGAAACAGUCAUACGAUAUUUUAAAAGUGAUUUAUCAGGAAGAGCUUUCUCUGAUCCAGAACUAGUUGAUGCAGCUCACAGAGUGUCCUCAGUCAGGAUACCAAGUAGACAGGAGAGUGUGGGGAGAACAGCAGAGACACCAGAGAGGCACACAUCUCCCAGAGUUUCUCCUAUAACUUCUGCAAGAGUUUCUCCAAGAUUCUCUCCACAAACAUGUCUUCCAUCAGCUCAAGUUGGUGAAUCUCUGCCUGGUACAGACAUUGCACCACAAUUCAGUCUGCCCGGGAUUCCAUCUGUAGCAUCAAUGGAGGAGCUACUGGUGUCUCUAACUGCUUCUGUUGGUAGAAUUUCACCUGCAGUUUCAAGAAGAUCUUCAAGAAGUAGUUUGUUAGAAAGUGCUUCCUCUGGAAAAGCAACAAUUGAAGCAGUACACAGAGAAGAGAGUGUGGAGAGAACAGCAGACGCAACAGAGAGUCACACAACUCCACGAGUGUCUUUCAGAGCUCCUUUGGCAACAUCUAGGACAAGAGUCCUUUCUGAUGUGGCAGUUUUGUACAGACCAUCCAUUGCUGAAGGACUUUGUCUUGAGGUCUUGGACAUGGAGUCUGACCAGGUGAAAACAUCAGUGAGUGACAUCACUGCACAAGCUUCCUCUCACACUGCAGCAAUGGAAACAGCUCAUGAUACGGUCAGGAUACCCAGUAGAAAGGAGAGUGCAAGGAGAACAGCUGAAACGCAAACAUAUUUUGCAUCAGGAUUAUUGAACAACAGUACACAAGUUUCAGGAACUUCAAUCCGCCUUCAUGAAGAGGUGACUGCCCACCCUACAGAAGUGCAGCAGGGGACCCUGCGACAUGGAAUCUCUCUUGGACUUUCUCGAGCCAAUGUGGUUGGGCCUCAAAACACACGGUCACAGAGUGUGCAGACUGGACCAGAUUAUCAUGGCCCGCCCUCGCAUAGCAUUCCUAUUGGAGCAGGACGUGUCACUCCUGAUGCGCAGCCUGCCCUCGAGAAUUUCACCAAUCAGGUCUGGACACUAUACCACUUGGCCAAUGAGACCGAGGAGGGCACACUAUCCACUAACGCUAUCUCCCAGCCUCCGUUCAAUGGCAGUGCUUUCAUUUGCAACUUUGGGUCUGGACAUGUGUUACUGGCAGAGAGGUCCCCCUCCCCUCAGCAGUCUGACCCCCAGUCCUGGUGUGGCCGACCCAGACAACAACCCCAGCCACCACCAUUCCCAAUGUGCCCAAGAAGGGCCUUCACACCCAGGUCACAGACCUCAAUCCUCCGCCCUCCACCCCAGCCUCCGACCAUCCUCAACCAGGAGAUCAGCAUCCCCAACUACUUCCUGUUCCUCGAUGGCAACCAGGUGUCCCUGGGCCAGAGUGCUCGUAGUGUUCCGACCGCAAUGUUUUCCAGGUCGAGAUCUGCUGUGGUCAGGGCGGACGACCCCCCGGGGUACCUGUCCUUCUCCGUUCCAAUGGAGAUGGUGAGCGGAGGUUCCGGUCGGGACGGCCAGGCCCAGUUCCUGCAGGUCAUCAGUGAUGAAGGAAACACUGUUUACACCCCCGCUCUCAUACGCAUCGUCACCUCCGAACCCACAGAGGAAGAGGACCAGGAGGGAGCCGGGAGGUGGCCAACUAGUGCCCCAUUUAAUUGGUAGGGGACUGUUGUCUACUGAGUAUCA